AUGGAAUUGGCCAGCUCUUCAUUCACCUUCACAGGAAGAGGUGGCAUUUGCUUCAUCACCUCUGAAUACAACUCACUCGUUCAUAAUUUUAAGGAUGUUAUCUCUAGUUUGGCAGAAAAGAUUGAUGUUCUCCUCUCACCUGGAAAGCAGAAAGAUUUGUGGAGAUUUGAUUCAAGGUCUGUGCAUUUUGCUCUAAUAGCUCACCAGUGGGACCACCAAUUGCUGCAAAACAAUUCAAAUUAA